AGAGCUAACAGGGAGCUAGCAGCUCAGAGGAGGGCACACGUCGAACCACAGCCUCUGUGUGUGUGUUUUGUGUGUUUAAAGUGUGUGCGUCUGUGUGUGCGUGAGAGGCUGCCGCAGAGCAGCAGGCGCCCGGUUCGUUUCGCCAGACUUUGCCCCCCCCCACCUGCCGCUGUCUUUUUUAACCUUGCCAGUGCUCGGCGCAGGGCCUGCUCCUUCCUCCACCUCAGGAUAAAGAGGGAUCAGCCGGGAGGGAGACGCUCCUUCGACUCUCUGACCAGCCCCUCGUUUGUGCUGACAGCUCCGCGGCGCAGCAGCAGGCAGGAUGAUAGCGGCUCAGCUCCUCGCCUACUACUUCACCGAGUUGAAGGAUGAUCAACUCAAGAAGAUUGAUAAGUACCUGUUCUCCAUGCGGUUCUCCGAUGACACGUUGAAGGACAUCAUGAACCGGUUCCGCAGGGAAAUGGAGAACGGCCUCGGCCGCGACACCAGUCCCACGGCCACCGUCAAGAUGCUGCCCACCUUCGUGAGGUCCAUCCCCGACGGAUCAGAGAAGGGCGACUUCAUAGCUCUGGAUCUCGGGGGGUCAAACUUCAGGAUCCUGCGGGUCAAAGUGACGCAGGACAAGAAGCAGCCGGUGCAGAUGGAGAGCCAGGUCUACGAGACCCCCGAUGACAUCAUCCACGGCAGCGGGUCACAGCUCUUCGCCCAUGUGGCGGAUUGCCUCGGCGACUUCAUGGAGAAGCAGAAGAUCAAAGACAAAAAGAUUCCUGUGGGAUUUACCUUCUCCUUCCCCUGCGCCCAAACCAAGCUGGACGAGGCGGUCCUGGUGACGUGGACGAAGAAGUUCAAGGCCAGCGGGGUGGAGGGCAUGGAUGUGGUGAAUCUUCUGAACAAGGCCAUCCAGAAACGAGGGGACUACGAGGCAGACAUCAUGGCGGUGGUGAACGACACGGUCGGCACCAUGAUGACCUGCGGGUUCGACGACCAGCGCUGCGAAGUGGGCAUCAUCAUAGGGACGGGAACCAACGCCUGCUACAUGGAGGAGCUGCGUCACAUCGACCAGGUGGAAGGAGACGAAGGCCGGAUGUGCAUCAACACGGAGUGGGGCGCCUUCGGGGACGACGGGUCCCUGGAGGACCUUCGCACCGAGUUCGACCGCGAGAUCGACCGGGGCUCCAUCAACCCCGGGAAGCAGCUGUUUGAGAAGAUGGCCAGCGGGAUGUACAUGGGAGAGCUGGUUCGCCUCAUCCUGGUCAAGAUGGCCAAAGAGGGGCUUCUGUUCGAGGGGCGGAUAACCCCCGAGCUCCUGACCAAAGGGAAGAUCGAGACCAAGCACGUCUCUGCUAUAGAAAAGAGCAAAGAAGGCCUGAAGAAGUGCAUGGAGACGCUGACGAGGCUGGGCGUGGAGCCGUCCGACGAGGACUGUCUGGCCGUGCAGCACGUGUGCACCAUCGUGUCCUUCCGCUCGGCCAACCUCAUCGCCUCCACCCUGGGGGGCAUCCUGGCACGGCUCAAGGACAACAAGGGGGUCGGCCGCCUGCGGACCACCGUGGGCAUCGACGGGUCGCUCUACAAGAUGCACCCGCAAUACGCCCGCCGUCUGCACAAGACGGUGCGCCGCCUGGUCCCGGACUCGGACGUCCGCUUCCUGCUGUCGGAGAGCGGCAGCGCGAAGGGCGCGGCCAUGGUGACGGCCGUGGCGUACCGGCUGACGGAGCAGGCGCGUCAGAUCCAGCAGACGAUGGCGGAGUUCCGGCUGAGCAAAGCGCAGCUGCUGGAGGUGAAGAAGCGCAUGAGGCAGGAGAUCGAAAGAGGCCUGAAGAAGACCUCCCACCAGGAGGCCACCGUCAAGAUGCUGCCCACCUUCGUCCGAUCAACGCCGGACGGGACAGAGAACGGAGAUUUCCUGGCUCUGGACCUCGGCGGGACCAACUUCCGCGUGCUGCUGUGAAGAUCCGCAGCGGGAAGAAGCGAUCGGUGGAGAGCACACCAGAUUUACGCCAUUCCCAUAGAGGUCAUGCAAGGCACGGGAGAAGAGCUCUUCGACCACAUCGUGCACUGCAUCUCAGACUUCCUGGACUACAUGGGCAUGAAGAGCGCCCGCCUGCCGCUGAGCUUCACCUUCUCCUUCCCCUGCCACCAGACCAGCCUGGACGCAGGAAUCCUCGUGACCUGGACCAAAGGAUUCAAGGCCACGGACUGCGAGGGGGAGAACGUGGUGGAGCUUCUCCGGGACGCCAUCAAGAGGAAAGAGGAGUUCGACCUGGACGUGGUGGCCAUCGUGAACGACACGGUGGGGACGAUGAUGACCUGCGCCUACGAGGAGCCCGACUGCGAGGUGGGACUGAUAGCAGGGACCGGCAGCAACGCCUGCUACAUGGAGGAGGCCAAGAACAUCGAGAUCGUGGACGGGAACGAGGGACGCAUGUGCGUCAACAUGGAGUGGGGCGCCUUCGGAGACAACGGCUGCCUGGACGACAUCCGGACGAAGUACGACCAGGCGGUGGACGAAAACUCGCUCAACGAGGGCAACAAAGCUACGAUCGGCCCCCCCUCUCCCGCCAGGUACGAGAAGAUGUGCAGCGGCAUGUACCUCGGCGAGAUCGUCAGGCAGAUCCUGAUCGAUCUGACCAAGCGGGGCUUCCUCUUCCGGGGACAGAUCUCGGAGACGCUCAAGACGAGGGGCAUCUUUGAGACAAAGUUCCUGUCGCAGAUCGAGAGCGAUCGCCUGGCGCUGCUGCAGGUCAGGGCGAUCCUGCAGCAGCUGGGCCUCGCCGGCACCUGUGACGACAGCAUCAUCGUGAAGGAGGUGUGCGGCACGGUGUCCCGCCGCGCGGCCCAGAUCUGCGGCGCCGGCAUGGCCGCCGUGGUGGACAAGAUCCGCGAGAACCGCGGCCUGGACCACCUGGACAUCACCGUGGGCGUGGACGGCACGCUCUACAAGCUGCACCCCCACUUCUCGCGGAUCUUCCAGCAGACGGUGAAGGAGCUCGCCCCGAAAUGUGACGUCAACUUCCUGCUGUCGGAGGACGGCAGCGGGAAGGGCGCCGCCCUCAUCACGGCCGUGGGCUGCCGCCAGAGAGAGCUGGUCGCUCAGCAGCAGCACUGAGGCCCGCCCGCUGCUCCACCGGGACCUCCACCUGCCUUCACAGCCCAGCUCCAUCCCCCAUCGCCAGCCGUGACUCCACCUCUGCCCCCCCCACACACACACAGAGAUAGCCAGAGUCGUGCUGCAGGAAUAGAAAUAUCUGAAUAUUUAUUUAUACCGCAUCAGAGCGUUUAUUAUUUACAUGUUUGUACAUUUUCCUCAAUAAGCUGAUAAAUCUAAACUCAUUAGGUGUGCAAUAUUUGUGUAUUGCUAAUUUUAUUUUUAUAUGGAGGCAAAUAUGUAAUUGUAUUUAUAUAUCUGAGGCCACUUUAAAUCCCAGAGGUCAUUUGCACCAUAGACACAGGAAAAUGUCAGCACUUUUUCUAUGAGAGCUCACACACGCUCAUCUUAACAAAGCUCCGCUCAACCAGUUCCUAAAAAGGGCUCGCUGCAAAACACGAAAGGGGUUGAACGCACGAGUCACGGCGGCUCAAACCAUCCUCGCGUCUGUGCAACCCGCUCGCACGGCACGCUCGGCUAACCACCACUUUCCACGCACACAUCCAUGUAACUCACGUGUUUAGAGCAUUGCAGCUGCACCGUAACCUUUAAUCCCGUCGCUGUCUGUGAACUACGAUACUGUUUGGCGUUGUGACGUAUCCCACUUCUGCUUCAUUGUUUGUGCCAGAGAAUAAAUGUUUAUUGGGCCCCCGAGAAAAGAGUGGACACUGCGAGGCUUUGGUGUGCGUUUGUGUCCUACCGUGUCGACCCGUAGCUUUCAAUGUUCCUGUCCGUGGAGACUGCAUGCCUUACAUUAAGACGAAAGGAGAGUACCCAUUUGCUUUCAUUGUUUUUGUUUUAUUUUUUACAUUAAUAUAGAUUUCUGGUCCCACGGUGAGAAGUGAAUUCAUUAAAUUAUAUUUUGUUGUGAAGUAAA